UCAUCACGGAUGAAAACGGUGCUUUGGAUGGUGUCACAAUUGUACAUUAAUUUAAUCCAUGGCUAUCCAUGGUGAGAGGACAAGCCCUAGAACCACUCUGAGCUGGAGCUAAGACGGGAUCUAGAGUCUCACUUUUCUCUUAGGAGGGCACAAGGCUAGUGGUUGGCCUGACUGUUUCAGGGCCUGAGGCUGUGAUCCUGUAUGAUGAGCAGGCCAGCCCUGAUGGGUUUUGUGCUUGGCAGUGAUCUGUGUGUGUUGCUCAUUCUGUAGAUGUUCCUGGCUGUCCUUCCAUGUACAUGAAUGCUGAGGGGUAUCAAAGCCAUUCAAAUACCGAAGGGACAUUAGGCUAUGGCUACAACAAGCAGAUGAGGCCAUUUGCUGAUGAUGUCUGUGUCGUCCCGGAGAAGUUUGAAGCAGGAGACAUCAAGCAGGAAGUGGGCGGGUACCGGGAAGGACCCCCGUACCAACGCCGAGGGUCUCUUCAGCUCUGGCAGUUCCUGGUGGCUUUGCUGGAUGAUCCCACCAAUUCCCACUUCAUCGCCUGGACCGGCAGAGGAAUGGAGUUCAAACUCAUUGAGCCUGAGGAGGUGGCCAGGCUGUGGGGUAUCCAAAAGAACCGGCCGGCCAUGAACUACGACAAGCUGAGCCGGUCCCUUCGCUAUUAUUAUGAGAAAGGCAUCAUGCAGAAGGUUGCUGGAGAGCGCUAUGUGUACAAGUUUGUGUGUGAGCCUGAAGCCCUUUUCUCCCUGGCCUUCCCUGACAAUCAGCGGCCAACCCUGAAAGCAGAGUUUGACCGGCAGAUCAGCGAGGAAGACACUGUUCCUCUCUCCCAUCUGGACGAGAACACGGCUUACAUCCAGGACCUUGGGAGCCUCCCUUCCCAGCCUUACAGCAAGAGCUACCCCUAUUAAUUCCACCAGGAGCCCGCUGCACAGCCAUUGUGUUUGUAUCUAUGGAGAUGUUUGUUAGUAAUCGAUCUGCAUAGGAGCUUUCCUGGGCCAGCUUGGGCUCCACUAGACUCUUUGAAUAGCUGCCUUUGAAACAGGCAGUGGUGAUGCAAGCCCAUCCUUGGACAGCCAGCCAGCAACUGAGGCUCUGAAAGACAUUGGCUGCACCUCAUUCACCCAGGAUGUGGGCCCAGACUUGGUGCAAUGGAACCGACUCUCUCACCAGUACAGAAACCUCUGAGUGCCGCCUCCAGUCAGUUAAAUGUGUGAUCGUGUCACAUCCCCAGCAUCGAUCCUGUCUCUGGCCUUUGCCUCCCGCCGAGCGGGGUGGGGAGGAAAUGGGAGCCUGUUGGGCUCUCUCCUCUGAUUUUAUGAUUCUAUGAAACUGCAGUUAAUUCCCAUGCUUCCCCAGACACACACACUCCUACAAAGCAGCCCCCAGACACCCAACCUUCCUACAAGCACUGUUCUUACCCACACUACUUCUUACGUGCUGGGGACAGGCCUGUCCCCGGAAGGGCCAGCAGGGAGCUGAAGGUUUCAGCUCACACUUGUUCCAUACAAACUGCUUGGCGGGAAUGGGGAACAUUUCUUCCCUUGGAUGCAUUUGCUCCUGUCUUGGUGCCUCCUUGCUCAGGAUGCUUCAUCUCUGGGCUGUUGAGUGUCAUACUGGCAACGAUAGGAAGGGGACCAGCUGCUACCAGCCAAUGCUGGCGUGGUUCUGGUCUCCUUGACAGGAAAUGUCACCGUGGGUGAGCCAUGGAGCCCCUGGACUCCACUGGCCUGGAGUCUGGCUCUGAGCCAGAGGAACCCUGCAGAUAACUGGGAAUUUGAGGAUAGAGAGUAAAGCCUGAGAUGGAGUCCGAGGAAAGGGAUGCUGGUGCCCAUGGGCUCCAAUGCCCAAGCCAGUGGCUGGGCUGCUGAUUGCUCCGGACUGAGCAGGGGCUACCUACAGCAGCCAGGCUCUUCAAAACUGGAGCGCUUCCACCAAAAACAUCCUCAACAAUUUUGAGAGACCCAUUAGUGCUGGUCAGACCUGCUGUUCCUGGGCCUGUGGGUAAACCCUGGAGGUUAGAAAAUAACCUCAGCCUCUGGAUGUGAGGCAUUCGCUUUGUAAAAAAGCCACACUCUCCCUGUUCAUCUGUAGCUGGCCUUCCCAGAUGGGCCUGGGCGGGGUAAGGGAGGAGUUCAUGAGACGCUGUCUGGGGCCCCUACUGGCUAAUGCAGCACGGGCUGCAUAAGGAGAGAUUAGGAGACGCUUUGCCAGCCUUCUCGCUGAGAGGGCCCUUCUCCUACCCGCACUGUGCUAAGCAGCCCCACCCAGACACAACCACGGUAGGAUCCCAGGAGCAGCAGUGCCUGUGUGGUGGAGCUCCGCUCUCCUUGCACCCUGCUGCUCCUCUGGCUGACUUUCAGGCUCCUGAGGGCAGAGAGGUGUUGGCUCAGCCUCCUGUGGCAGUUUGGAGGGAAAGUUUUUUUAUAUUGCUUAAGAGGUUGAUUUCCCAGGAGCUUCCUCUCUGUGCAGCUGGCAGGGAUCCUUGCUUCGGCCCCAGGUGCAACGUGGCGGGGACGCUCUCCCUGACCCACAGGGUGGUGGGGAUGUUCCAUUUACAAAGUGCUUAGCCUGCCUCUGCACCCUUGUGAGAACCUCCCUCCUCCUGUACGGGCCCAACCCCUCCUCUGGCCCUCUGCAGCCUGCAGCCCUCGCCCUGCUCACUCCUCCUGUGGGAAACACACUUUCUCCAUUGCCCCACGAGUGAAGGAGAAGGGGGGGCCCUUCCUAUUGGCAUCACUUAUUUUUAUUAUUUAUGAGUGUAAAAAAUACUAUAAUCAAUAAAUUGGUCUAUAUCUUUGGCCGGUGCCCCUUCAUUCAGCUCCCCGGCUUC